UCAACUCAGAGAAAGCAAGUGCAUUCAUUCACAUCUAUUCUUUCUGGUUAUCAUUUCCAAGUUUUUGUUUAUAUCUAUCUCAUUUGCUUCCAAUGGAAAUGGCAGCUUCCGUGAGGAAAUGGGUAUCUGAUAACAAGCUCACAACAGUGGGGACACUGUGGGGUUCAACUUUGGCAGCUUCCUUUGCUUAUAACUGUGCAAGGCCCUCAAUGAAAACCAGCCUCAGACUCAUACAUGCUAGAAUACACGCACAGGGCAUUACUCUGGCUGCAUUAUCUGCUGCAGCUCUUCUGCAUUUGUACGAGCAGAAUGUUGAGGAGAAAAAAUUGAAGUAAACCCCUCCCAUUGUUUAGAUCCCACGUAUCUCAUAGUCCUACUUAUAGAUCACUAUAGUCUUAGUAUCUCUUCAUAUAUUCUAAUGUUUAAGAGCUCUUAAUCAAAAUGAUCAUGGUGAUAAGUACCGAGUGUCUGCGUUUUCUGUUUUAUACAGAAUGUACAGCUUGCAGUUACUUAUUAAUAAAAAUCACAUAGUGGGUAUUUAAAA